UCCACCAACAGCUGUUUUUUUUUUUUUUGAUAACACUGAAAUGUAAUAAAGUCGCCGCUAAAUGUUUGUUUAGUGUGUUGUUAAACCCGGUCAAGAUCGGCAGGCUUUCCAAACAUGCAACUCACCAAAACAGAUUCGCGACGCCGCCUCAAUGCGAGCGGUUCUACACCAGCCACUUCGGAAUACAUCAAGGUGGUGGAGUCCCAAUGCGAGACCGAUGGAUUCGUCAAUGAACAGUGGACAGAGCCAGCGAUCCCAGGCCCAGUUCCAUGGAAAACCAUUGUUAUUAUCUUACUGCUCUUCAUCGGUGGCAUAAUCUGCAUUGCCUUCGCCACUGUGAACUGUCUGACGGACACGAGCCAGGAGCGAUCGGAUCGCGUGUGGGCGCUGAGUAUCAUCGGGGCACUGACCUUUAUACCGGGCAGCUACUACGUCUACGUACUCUCGUGCAUAAUGCUCAACCGGAACGGUUUCACCAUGGACGAGAUAAGAAGACUGGGCUGAGGAGAGCACAAGCAAAAUUCCAUGUUUCGUCAAAUAGAGUUUAUUGCGUUUACACUACAGAUAUUCACACAUUUCAUUGGCAUAAUUUCUUUAGCAACAAUCUUAUUUUGUAGUUCAUAAUUAUACAUGUGUAUUGCCCCUAUAUUUGUAUAAAAAUAUGUUGUAAAUACGAGUUUGUUAUAAAAAUGUAUAAUGCUUGGCGUGGCUUUUAGUGCGCGGAACAUUUGCUAUCUAUAUAAAUACACCACGGCUUAACGCUUUUUUAAA